UAGACUUGGAAAGAAAAAAAAUCUAAGUCGUCUGCGACUCAGAGUCAAUCAAACUCUCCCACAGUUCUAACAAAUCAAAUCCCUCCUCUCUUUCCCCUGCAAUGGCGUCAGAUCUGGAGAUCAAAGCCAAAGAAGCCUUCAUCGAUGACCACUUCGAACUUGCAGUCGAUCUCUACUCCCAAGCCAUCGAACUUAACCCUAAGAACGCCGAGCUCUACGCUGACCGCGCUCAAGCCAACAUCAAACUCAAUAGUCUCACUGAGGCUGUGGCGGAUGCAAACAAAGCAAUUGAUUUGGACCCCUCCAUGGCUAAAGCUUACUUGCGUAAAGCUACUGCAUGCAUGAAGCUUGAGGAGUAUCAAACUGCGAAGGCUGCUUUGGAGGUUGGUGCUGCUUUGACCCCGGGAGAGUCAAGAUUUUCCAAGUUGAUCAAAGAAUGUGAAGAGUGCAUUGCAAAGGAAACUGGCGAUUUACAAAAGCAGACGCAGGAAGAGGUGACAACAAAUGUUUUUCCUGCAAAAGAAGUUGAGCCGGACAAGGAUAUGCCUGACCCAGUAACUGUGGCAGCAACACCCAAACCAACUUACAGGCAUGAAUUUUACCAGAAACCUUAUGAAGUGGUUGUCACAAUAUUUGCUAAGGGCAUACCACACGAAUGUGUUUCUGUAGACUAUGGUGAACAAAUACUAAGUGUUGCCAUCAAUGCUCCUGGUAAAGAUGCAUAUCAUUUCCAACGUCGCUUGUUUGGAAAGAUAAUACCUGACAAGUGCAGAUAUGAUGUUUUGUUAACCAAAAUUGAGAUUCAGCUGGCAAAAGCUGAACCAAUUCAGUGGGCAUCUCUUGAAUUCAGCAGGGAAGUUGUUGUUCCCCAAAGGGUUAAUGAAUCUUCUAUUACUACCAUUCAAAGACCAGAGUACCCAUCCUCCAAACCAAAAAGGGUUGAUUGGGAUAAACUUGAAGCUCAAGUAAAGAAGGAGGAGAAAGAUGAAAAGCUGGAUGGUGAUGCUGCUUUGAAUAAAUUUUUCAGGGACAUUUAUCAGGAUGCUGAUGAGGACACACGAAGGGCCAUGCAAAAAUCUUUUGUGGAGUCAAAUGGGACGGUGCUUUCGACAAACUGGAAAGAAGUUGGUGCGAAGAAGGUGGAAGGAAGUCCUCCGGAUGGUAUGGAGUUGAAGAAGUGGGAGUACUAAGGUUUUUGUUCCCAAUGGGGAAGAUUGUAACAUGGACUGUGUUUUUAGUAUGUGAAUGUUUGUUUUGUUUUCUUCAAUCUAAUUUAUAAUGUGUUCCUUGGCUGUGUUUGAAUGUCAAAAUUUGCUCCUAUGUAGCCGUAGUUUUUAGGGGUUUUUUUUUUUUGGGAGUUUGUGUAGUUAUUUUGGUCAAAACUUCCACCCUGUCAUUGUUGAACUUUUAAGCUGUGCAAUUAAGAAUGUGACUUGGUAUUGUUCCUUUU